CCGCUCGAUUCGUAGUAAGAUCAUCAGCGUCCUCCCCUUUCCAGAACAAGCUGUGACCGACCACAGACGUCUGUACACCGCAUGCAAGUGUGUUUACUUUACAAAUCGGCUCUUUUAUCGAUCGCAUUUUGCUUAUUUGGUUUCACUUGAAGUCCGGGCUGUAUAUGUAGCGCUUUGGGAGCUUUUGGCAUAUUAUCUGAGGAGAAAUGUCAACGGAAAUACAGCAGAACCCGAUGCCUCCGUAGAGCUGUCCCCGUGCCAAGAGCUGGUCCACUGGUGAGUAGAUGAUUCAGAAACACAGAUUGGACACCUUUGGAAGUCUAGCAAUGUGGAGCUGCAUGGUUUACAACGAGACAGACGACAGCGUGGACCUCCGGCUCUGUCAGGACUUUGGACUCAUUCUGUCAGUCUUCUCUCUGGUGUACCUCAUUGUUUGCUUUCCUGUAGGCCUUUGCUACAAUGCCUUGCUGGUGGUGGUCAACCUUUCCAACAAGGUUACCAUGACCAUGCCCGACGUCUACUUCGUAAACAUAGCCAUCGCCGGCCUGGUGCUCAACCUGGUGGCUCCGGUGGAACUCCUGGGUCCCAAAUUUACUCGCUGGCCCAUGUGGGAGUACAACAACGAGACCUACAUCACCCUCCUGAUCCUCUUUAACAUUUCCUCCCUGGUCAUUAUGUACUCCACAACGCUGCUCAGUCUGGACUACUACAUCGAGCGGGCUCUUCCGCGCACCUACAUGUCCAGCGUUUACAACACAAAGCACGUCUGCGGCUUCAUCUGGGGCGGCGCCGUGCUCACCAGCUUCUCCUCGCUGCUCUUCUACGUCUGCAACCACGUCUCCACCAAGAUCAUCGAGUGCUCCAAGAUGCAAAACAAGGAAGCGGCUGACGCCAUCAUGAUGUUCAUCGGGUACGUGGUGCCGGCGGUGGCCGUGCUUUAUGCGUUCGUGCUAAUCCUCCGUAUCAGGAAGGAGUCCACCCCUUUGGACCAGGACUCCGGGAGGCUCGAUCCCUCGAUCCACAGGUUGCUGCUCGCCUCCGUGUGCGUGCAGUUUGUGCUUUGGACUCCGUAUUACAUGACCUUGCUAGUGCACACGGUGGCUGGAGCUCCCGCGAGGCAACACAACACCACGUACUUAUUUCUGAGAUGUUUAUCCGAGCUGCUCGCGUUUUUUAGUAGCUUUGCCAUUCCCCUCAUGUACAGGCAAAUGAACAAGAACUUCUCCCAUAAACUCCAGCGGCUACUAAAGAGGCUGCAUUGCAGGGACCAGUCGUGUCCUCACGAACGCUCGGCAAUACAGCAGGUGGUCACAUGAGCCGCUCUCUCUCACUGGCACUUACUACGAAAGCCACAGCGCGUGAACCUGGAUAUAUUGUGUGCUGAAAGGAAGUAUUUCGCUCGCCACAAGGAGUGGAAUGUGUCUCUGUGAAAUCUCCGUAACACUUAACGACUUAACUUUAUUUGUCCAUCUCUGUGGUAAAUGGGCGACCAAGAAGAAACCACUAAGUGCUGUUUUUGUGUAAGCUAUGUCUGUUCUUUUGAGUUCUCGGGCCUGGGGAAAAUGUCAACCCGGCUGUUGUCCCUUCCGAUGAAGGGGGGAGUUGAACUCGUGUAAUGUGUCUAAUCUGUUACAGGAUGUGCAGCAUAGCCUUUUAAUGUGAUGCUUUUAGACCAAUCUGUUCCCUUUUAGCUCAAGGCCAUAUUUUGCUCCAGGCUUUUUCUGUCGUGAUCCACAGCACCAUAAGCUUUUCAGUCUGGAACCGGUCACACUGGUAGAUGCUUGCAAACGCAAUAUAAUUACCUCAAUUUCACACACCAGCGGGCAUUACAUUGGAAUGGUCUAAACAACUUUUAUAGCACCCAGAAAUACCCAGCGAGACUGAUGUCAGGGAGCGGGAAAGAUGUGUGUUUGUGGGUAUGUUCUGGAUUGCUUGCUGCUAAGGUGAUGUGCAUCAUUACUGCACAGCUGCUCGGCCAUAUUAUUCCCAACUAAGAUAAUCUUAAACAAUCUUUAUAGCUAUUCAAGUAAAAGAUUCUGUUUUAGGUAAGCUAGUUAGAGAUUUAAUCUUUCCAAUCAUUAGUCUAUUACUACUGUAAUUAUUAAGUGCGCACCGUAAGUAAGCGAUUUACUGGCGUGUUUGAGAUCCAGAGGAUCCAGUUAAUCAUUAUUUCAAAAGUGAACCAAAGUUCUGUUGAUACAGUACUGAAUGUGUAUCGAAACAUGUUUGAAAGCAAACAAGAGAAUCAGAUUUAUAUAGGGUUUAAUGUAAAACUAGGGCUGUCAAAAGAUUAUUUGCGAUUAAUCGCAUACAAAAUAUAUGUGUAAUUAUUUUGUAUAUAUAAAUACACAUACAUUUAAGAAACAUUUACAUGUGUAAAUAUAUGUAUUUAUUUAGAUUUUUAUAUAUUUUAUAUUAUAUAUAAAUAAAAAUAUAUACAUAAAUAAAAUGUUCUUAAGUGUAUACAUGUAUGUGUGUAUUUAUAUAUACAUAAUAAUUACACACAAAUAUAUUAUGCAAACACAAAUUUUAAUUUGUAUGUAUUUUGACAGCCCUACAUAAAACCAUUGUAAAUUUGUCCUGACUAUAGUCAAUGAUUUGUCAAAAUAUUGAUUGGAUUUCGGGGCUUUUCAACAAAACUGAAACACAUUGGGAAAACUUUUUUUUUCUCUUGUCCGCCUAUGAAGAAAUGGCCUUUAUUCAGUUUGCAUGAAUGGUUAUAUGUAUAAAGGUAUGCAUAAUGCAAACUUGGAUAAUAUUAUAGACAUUUCCAGGAAAUAUGAUGCAUAACACAGUUUCAAGCUAGUAAAUGGCAUGCCAUAGAGUGCCACAGAGAUGACAUAUUUUUGUAGGCCAACCCGGAGGCAAGCAGGACGCUGGUUCUCUCGCUAAAAAGGCAAUUUUUCCAUAGACUUUUGGAUUAUUGCAAAAAAUAAGCUUUUUGUUUAACAAAAGUUAAAGGCACUUAUACGUUUUUCCAACAAGUUAAUCUUUACAGAUUAAUGCAUUUUAAGAUGUAAACGUGUUUACUAGAAAUAUAAAAAGGCGAUCAUAAAAGUUGUGUUCAUCUGUGAAGACUAACUUGUCAUAAACUUUUUUACAAACGCAGAUCUUAUUUAUUGUGAUAAUCCAAAAGUCUAUGAGGAAAAUCAAUGUUUUUUUGUUUUUUUUUGCAAGGGAACCUAUAUACGCUAAUAUUAUUAACGUUAGCCUACAAAAAAUUACGUCAUCCCUGUGGCACUCUAUUACGAAAACGUCUUUCAUUUUCUUGGCAUUGUGCCAGUGGAUGCAAAAUGAGUAUAUAGAUGAGAGAAAGCACUAUAUGUAAAUGGAUGAGUGCAAAGUAUCAUUAAAAUCCACUUACGUGAGCAAGAGAGAGAAUGUAUUUAAAGUCAUGAAGGGGAAUGGAAAUGGUUUGCUCAAUCAUAAACGAGAAUAACAAAAAUCGCAAUGUUACGGCUGUGAUUAGCAUGCUAAUGCCAGUAUGUAUAAUAUUAAAAAUAUGUAUAUAUUGUACUUUAGAGAUUUACUGGAUUAAAGACAGACAUGCCAUUUUAGAUGACAGUAUUAUUUUCUCAGAGAUUUAUUUAGAUACUAAAGUGUCAGUCAUUCUGUGUCCCAUACUGAGUCAAAAGUCGUGUUCAAUAAACUAACAUAAAUAUA